AUGUAUAAUUCAAAUUAUUAUUAUUUAAAAAACAAAUAUGCAUUCCUUAAUGUCCCUCCACCACCGCCAACCUCAACACAAAAGUCAUCAUCAAAACAAAUGUCACCAAGAAUACAACAAGCACAAGUUUCGCCACAGCAAGGACUACAUCGACGGCCACGAGAUCAAAUUCGAGCUCCAAGUUAUAUGCCACCUCAGUCACCAGCAUACUUCACGGCCACACCCUCACUAACACCAAUGCUAUUACCUCCACCUCCACCACCACCACCUCCACCACCGCCGCCACCAGAAGAGCCGAUAAAAACAACUGAUGAAGAAAUAAUAAAAGAGUUUGAGAAAAAAAUAACCAGUGAAACAAAAAAGAAAACCCCUCUCCCCACGGCUAAUCAAGUGAUUACAAAAAUUGUAUCAUGCUACUUGGCUUUAGAUAAUCUAACUAUAAAGCGCAUGAAUUUAAAUAAUCUAAUAUUAAACGAUCCUGAGGAGCAUCAUUGGAAUUUCCUGAUAGCAGAUACCCAUAAUGACAUAGACACCAUCGAGAGGCUUAUGGAAGAUAUAAUUUCUUGUGAUAUUGAUGCUCUAAGAAAAUCCCAACUUAAAAGGAAGGGUAAAAGAUUACGAAUAAGAAGAGCAAAGCUGGAGAUGAAAGCAGAGAUAUUACAGAUAGAAAAAGACAGGCAGGAAAGAUCAAGAAAGAUUGAUGAGAAUUUGCAGAAAAUUAAAGAUGAAAUAGACAGAGUUAAACAGGAGGAAGAGGCAAAACUCCAGGCAGAUGUGGUGCUCAGGGAUGUUCUCCGUAAAAAGCAGGAUGCCAAAAAAUGCUUGACCAAGUUGGAUACAUUGGUGAAACUUCGUGUAGCAAGGCAGAACACUGCUAAAGGAAGAGGAAGGAUUGUAUCUUGUAAUGAAAUGCUACAUUUUAGUUCUCAGAUUGAGUCACUCAAAUCUCUAUGGUCAAAUAAACUAUCUAAAUACGAAACAGAAGAAGCGGAACUGCGUGAGAAACUGAAUAAAGAAACUAAAAAAUUCAUUUUACCUUUAGAGGAGGCCACAAAUAAAAUUGAACAGAAUUUGUUACAAUGGCAACAUUUGCUCUUUGGGGGACAACCCCCACAAGUGGAUUUCAAUGGAAAUAUUUAUAAAUUUAUAAAAACCAGAGUCCAAUGGGAUCAGUAUUUGAGUCAAGACGGUAAAUCACUACCAACUGGAUGGGUUGUGCCCAAUCCGAGUAUUUAGAACUGUCAGCAUUUCACGCAUACAGAUGAAACCGGCUCAAGCUCAAUUGUGGAAAAUUUAAGAAGAAUUAAAAAAGUAUUUUUAUUCUGGGGAUACACGUUUUUGCCUGUCGCCACAUUAUUUUUCUCAGUUUUACUGAAAGCCAUGAACGGAAAGAUGAAGUGUUAUUGGAUGUUUGUUAGUGAUGCAAAUCUUGAGUUGGGUUAAUUUAAAACAGAGUAGCGGUUUUAAUUUUUUUAAUUAAGAAUGGAAGAUUCUAAAGAUAGUAUCUGAAUUUUCGAAUUAUUUUUGAAACAUUUUCGCUAUUACUGUGAACUACGUAUUCGCUUUUAUACUUAUUAAUUAUACUAUAUACAAUUAAAACUGUAACCUGACGUAAUAAAUUUUGCUUUAUUUUUAAUAUGUAACGCAUUUAUCAAUACUUAAAUAAAACUUAUUUUUUA